CCCCACUGUAACCUCUUAUUACUACUGCGCCGCCGACCGCCAUUGAAUCAGUGUGAUUGGUGUCGCAGUUGCAACAAGCAAGGUUUGUUAUUUCAUAAAAAGCAAAAUAACUCUUUUAAUUGUAAUUUCUUAAUUAACAUAUAAAUGUCAAGUCCAGAAGAGUGUAAACUCAAGGGUGGACAUCCUCCUGCAGUAAAAGCAGGCGGAAUGAGAAUUAUCCAGCAUAAAACACCGAAAGAAGAUCGUGAAAUAAAACCAAUUAAAGAUGUAGACGAAAGUAAACCAUCUAGCAGUCCACCAAAAACUCUCAUGAUCAGUGGAGUACCUGCAAAAGGAAAUGCAGACUUUCCUCCAGAAGCUGUGCAAGUCUUCCAUGAAAAGCCUAUUCCAACUCAUAAUGUACGUCCAACUCAUUGUUCACGUCCAAUUAUUAUUCAACAGCCAAGAAAAUGAAUGAUAUGCAUAUUACUUACCAGCUGGAGGCUAUUAAAAAGAACAUUAGCCUAUAUAUACUUAUCUAUUAAAUUUAAAAAAAAAAGGAGGAAAAGAAGAAAUGAAUGAUAAAUAUCUAUAUGUGUGUGUACUUAAAAGUUUUCUUGGACUAAUAGGACCUUAUGUGCUUAAAAUCGUUUAAGCAGUUCUUUAUCCAAGAAGCUUUGGUUUCAUACAACAUGAAAUAAAGUACCUCGCGAGAGUUUAUUACUGUUAUUAAAACAAAAAGAAUUUAUCUUUAACGCAGCACCAUUAGAUUCCUGUAUCGACAUUUAAACAAAUGAUUUAUUUCAUUUUUCAGAAGUAUCGUUCGUUCAAACACAAUUUUUAGAUUAGAUAGAUAUUACGCUCUUAUCUCAAAUAGACUAUUUGUAACUGUUAUUGGGACCAGUAUGCAUUUCAGAUUUUGUAAUAAUUUAAACAACUUGUAUAUUUCUAUUUCUAAAUUUGUGCAUUUCUAUCUUUUAUCUAUCCUAAGUAUUAUUAAUUAAUUGAAAUUUUGUUAAUUAAUUGUAUCUGUUACAUAGUUUUUUACUGCUAAAAAGAAUUACACUACAUAACUUGUAAAAGUGUAAAUGUCGAACAAGAUUCAUGAUGUUGACUACAGUUUGUACGAGAUUUGAAGAAAAAAAUAUACGUUCUUAAACGUAAAAGUUAAA